AUGCUCCCUCUCCCCGCCUGGUGCAAUUGGUCCGUUUGUUUGAAUAUCAAUACACUUGUUUUCGGCCCCGCCGGUGUGUCCCGGCUGCUCUCCCCGGCGCUGGGCCCCCCGCGCCUGGGCUCUGGGGCUGGCGCUCGCGACAUCUCUAAGGCUCGGAGCGCUCCAGGAAUCAGCGCGGCCCGCUCUGUGGCCGCGAACUUGAGGGGUGGAGUGAAGGCCGCUGAGCUGGGGGUCGCGCCUCCCACACACUUCAGCUGGGCGCGGGACUCACAGCUCAUGGAUGGAGCAAGUUUCUGUAGCUGCGCGCGUCCCUUUCUUGCCAACUCCUGUGCAGCGUGGCCUGCUGCCCCGCCUCCGCCCGCCCUCCCCUCGCGUCCCUACCCCAUCUCCGUUUGGACCCUGGGACGCGAACACCGCAGUGGCCGCGCCCUAGCCCACCUGGCUGCGGAGAAGACGACGAGAAAAGGGGCGUGA